AUAAACUUAUCUGUUCUCAACUAUAAAGUUGUACGUGUCGUUCAGAAUGCUUUUAUUUCAACGUUGUUCUCACUAAUGGCUUUCAAUUUUAAAAGACACCAAGAAAUCAGUUAUAUUAGUCUCAAAAGUUUGAAGUUUUUCCCAUUGAGCAAAAUCUCCUAGUUGAUUCUUAUUUUUUGUCUUUCCCUUUUUUUUAUUUGGUGAAUUUUGAAGAGAAGCUAAGUGUUAAAAAGUUUGAAUAUUUCAAUAAUGGGUUGGAGUUGCUUUGGGGUAUUGCAAUCAUACAAAGACAUAAGAGAGACUCACGUCCAAGAGAUUACAACCAACGAUGUGAGGCUUUUUUCAUAUAACUCGUUGAGAUCAGCAACAGGGCACUUCCUUCCAUCUAAUAAGAUAGGAGGUGGUGGUUUUGGAGUUGUUUAUAAGGGAGCUUUGAGAGAUGAAACUCGUGUUGCCAUUAAGUGUCUCUCUGCUGAAUCAAAACAAGGGACCAAGGAAUUCUUGACAGAGAUUAAUAUGAUUUCAAACACCCGACAUCCAAAUCUUGUUCGAUUGAUUGGUUGUUGUGUUGAAAGUGGCAAUAGAAUGUUGAUAUAUGAAUACUUGGAGAAUAACAGCCUUGCCAGUGCUUUACUUGGUUCUAAAAGUAAACGUGUUUCCCUGGAUUGGCCAAAGAGAGUUGCUAUAUGUUUAGGUGUAGCAUCUGGUUUAGCAUUUCUUCAUGAGGAAGCAGCACCACCAAUUGUUCAUCGAGAUAUUAAGGCCAGUAAUAUCCUUCUAGAUGAAAACCUUCAUCCUAAAAUUGGAGAUUUUGGUUUGGCAAAGCUUUUUCCUGAAAAUGUGACUCAUCUUAGUACGCAAGUGGCAGGAACAAUAGGUUAUCUUGCUCCCGAGUAUGCCUUGUUUGGACAACUCACGAAAAAGGCUGAUGUCUACAGUUUUGGGGUUCUUGUACUUGAAAUCAUAAGUGGAAGAAGCAGUAGUAAAGCAGCAUUUGGAGUGGAACUCUUGGUUCUGGUGGAAUGGGUAUGGAAGCUAAGAGAAGAAGGGCGGCUUCUGGAUAUCGUAGAUCCAGAGCUAACAGAGUAUCCAGAAACUGAAUUACUGCGCUUCAUCAAAGUUGCUCUCUUUUGCACACAAGCAGCACCUACUCAAAGACCUAAGAUGAAACAAGUGAUUGAGAUGUUGUCUAAAGAAGUCCAUCUCAAUGAGAAGUUGUUAACUGAACCAGGAGUCUAUAGACCACGUAGCUCGAAAAGAUCUAGUUAUGGUAGUCUACAGAAAUCAUCUUCCACGGGGAAGAAAGGGAUGCAAUCUGUAAAUCCUUUUGCAACAUCGACAAAGUUUGAUAGUUUUCAGAGUGUCACCCAAAUGCUUCCUAGAUAAUGUUAAGUGUUAACUAGUGUUCAUAUUCUUUAUACUUAUAUAUUGUUGGGCUUAUGGCAAGAGUAAUAGAUUGGCUCUCAUUGGACUACCCUUUUUAUAAACCUUCGCAUGUAAUGUAAAGUUAGCAGUAGCUGAUAAGGAAGGAAGGAACAAUCUUCAGUACUUCAAAAGUUAACUACUUAUAUCCUCUUGUAUAGUAGUUUGAAGGUUCCAGAGUUGGAUGCAUUCAAAAGAUUAGGUGAUUAAGAAUACCUUACUUGAUUUAUGGAAGUUUGACUUUCCUUUUGAUGUUC